AUGUCUCUUUGGUCACAUUUCAACCUUCCAUCAACACGCAUUUGGUGGACGUGUCUCUCUUCUGAAUGCAUCUCUUUUGUCACAGUUCAACCUUCUAUCAACGCCCAUUUUUUUGGACAUGUCUCUCUUCUGAAUGUGUCUCUUUCAUCACCUGUGCAUUUUGUUUUUGUUUGUGUGGUGCUUGGCAUACUGACUACAUUUUCAGUUCAACCUUUCAUCAAUGCACGUCCUUUUUGUUACCAGUUCUCUAUCAUGGUGUGCACCAAAAACACUGCCAAGAAGUGUACUGGUGGUUCUGCACCACACAUACACCUCAAGCUCAUCAAGACUGUCGCCAAGAGCCUUUCUAGAGGAGAGCCGGAUGGAGCCCAAAAUUUGGAGAUAUCCAAAGCAGUUCGUCACAAUGAGUUCUGUAUCCUCUGCCAGGAUGGUUCUGCAUCAUUCAAAGAGAACACUCUCUUUAUGUGCAACCAGUGCCCCAGAGUGAUGUGCUGCCUGUGCAUGCAAUGUCCCCCAGGCACCGAAGAGACGUUCCUCGCUGAGGAUGUCUCUUUUAGGUGGCGCCGCCUACUAUGCUUCUAUCAUCCUAAUGGUGUCCCUGUCCUCCAGUCCUUUCUAAAGGUCCAUGCUUCCCUCAAACUCUCAUCGCACGCGCAAAUUUUGGCUGCACCCAUCAUAUUCAUUCACCUUGUUCUUGUCAACUUCAAAACUACUGCCAGCCCCUUCGCCUUCGCUCAUUCGUUCCUCAAGCCCUACUUCACCAGCGGCGGCAUUGAAUAUCAUGAGAUCGCAUAUGACAUUGUCUCUGACGCGUCUGGUUACUGCAAAACCAUCCGUCAAACCAUCAAGGACCUCAAGAACUCAUUCACAUGGGAACGUGUGGUGGUUGGCAUCUUCACUCACACUGACAAUGAUCUAGGUGACCCAUUUGCUGGGUACAGUUUGGAUGGUGAGAAGCACUAUGCUGGCGCUCCAACUGAAGAUUUCUUGGACAGUAUCCUUACUCCAUGGCAAUCUCUCUUGGACCAUGUGGAUGAAACCUACCUCUGGCUCUUGUGCUGUGACACAAUUGUCAACAACAGUGAUUCAUUUGCAGGAUUGCAGUGCGCAGUUGUUCAUUACAAGCUCUCUGCCACAGUGGCAUUCAAUGCCACUCGUUUUCAACCAUCUUUUGCAUCCCAUUUGCUCCUGGCAUUCACUGAACAAGUCCUUGUGGAGCACUGUCCCAUUGGCCUCGCAUUUGGCAACAUGCUGGGUCAAGCCUACAAACUUGGUCGCCACACUGAUGUCUUCUUACUGACACCACUUGAGGGCAGUCUGCAGGUCUCUAAGUUUAUAUGGACAGAUGUGAACUUCCAGCCUUGGGGCAGCUUCCUGCCAAUCCAAUGCCCAAUCUCUUUAGGCAAUAAUGUUUGGUUGUUUGUCAAUGAAACUUUGGUAGAUGCGCUUGAUGAACUUAGAUGUCACAUGACCGUCAAUGUGUUGAAUGAACACAAGGAUUCCUUUGUAGCAGCUAGAGGAAAUUCUGCCAUCAGGGCAUAUAUCCUCAAGAUGAUCAAAGAUGCUAUAGGUAGCAGUGAAGCAGUCAAAGACCCUUGUGUCAUGCUUCCUGAGAAAAAUCUACACAAGGCUAUCCGUGCUUAUUAUUUGGACUUUCUGGAAGAUGAUGAGGACCGCAAGGUGAAGAAAGAAAUUAUUGAGGGAGUGACUAAGGACAGAUCUGCUCUAGAUGCUGUCACUGUAGAGAUGGUGAGACAGCAGAAAGAUGAUAAGUCUGAGGAUGCUGGGAAGUAUAAGACAGAAUUCUCCAGUUUUGAUGUUGUCCAAAAAUUAUUUAAGGAUGAAUUUGCAGAAUAUGACAAGCAGCACAGAGAUACCUCUAACCUCAAGUCUAUGGGUCAGAGGACAAGAUUGGCCCGUAUGUGGCACCAGGCCAUGUCCCCUGAGGUGAAGAAGGAACUUGAUCGAGUCACAGAAAAAUGGAAUCAGGAAGGACCUCUUGCAGAUACUAGGGACAGAUAUCAUACCCAUAACCAGAAAAAAAUAAUGGAGGACUUUAUGGGCAUGGUCUGGAGGACUAUGAGAUUGCAUGUUGUCAUCCUUACAGCCUAUGACUGGAGUGAGGGAAAGGCUCCUAGAACUACUGUCUGGGAGACCUCGCCUCAAAAGGCCAAAAAGCCUUUUACUUGGGCAACCAAAGAUAAUCGGAAAUGGGCAGAACAUGCUCAAGAUCAUCUUGUCAACUGGCUCCUCAAAAGAGAAUAUGUAGUUGAUGGAGAGCUUAGUGAUGGAGAGGAUGACGAUGAAAAUAAUCUCCCAGAUCUGAUUGUUGAGGCUUUGGAACUCUCAAGCUCAAGCAGCGGCAAUAGCUUAUUCGGACUGUCUUUCAAAAGGCCUAUGCUGUUAUUACCAACUAUCCCCGCGCUGCAGUACCCUGGGGUGAGAUGUCUGUUGAUCCCAAUUACUACCUUGAUUUGGGAUGCAUCCCUGAAAAUGUCACCAUCAGGGAUUCUUCUCACCUGCAAAAGGACACCAUCGCUGCGAUGUACUCCCACUGGAAAGAUUGUGCUAGUCAUGAUAUGCCAAUUGCAAGCUGAUUUCUAUGAUGCUCGCAUCAAGGAGGGAGCUGCAAAGGGCAAGUCAAGGAGGAAGCCUGAUUAUGUUGAAGUCUCUUUGGAUGAGGAAGGACUCUUGAAGAAGGUCGAUGAUGGUAAAAGCUCUUCAGAUGAAGAUGACUCGGUGGAGACUCCUAUUAUUACUGAUUCCAGCCCUAAAUACCAUCUUGAUAGGGACAUGGUCCCUUAUCUCAAGUCUCUCUCUACUGUCCCUUCAUAUCAACAUCUUCUUACUGCAGUUCAAAAGCUUCUGCAAAGAACUGAUUCAAAGUCAAGGAAGCAGCAACUCCCUGUCUGGGCUUCUUGGAUGUGGUCUCAGGCAUAUCUGCCUCAAGACAUCCAUGAGAAUAUAGAGACCGCCUCAGGCACCCUGAAGCAGUUGACUGAUGAAGCUGGAGAUGAUGUACCUGACUACUUGGGUAACUCUAGCUUGGGCUUCUGUAUGGGCAACCAGAUUAAGGAAAAGGUUACAGAGAUAGGGGCAGAAGUUGAAGCUAUGCUGAAAGAUGAGAACCUGGGAUUGUCCAUUGUGCGGCAAGACAUUGAGAAGAGGCGGUUGGAGGAGAAAAAGAAGUUGAAAGAGAAAAGGAGAGUUGAGGAGGAGAAGAAGGCUGAGGAGGAGAAGAAGGCUGAGGAGGAGAAGAGGGUUGAGGAGGAGAAGAGGGUUGAGGAGGAGAAGAGGGUUGAGGAAGAAGGAAGAUUGACUAAGCAAGCAAGGGGGACAAGAGGGUGA